AUGGAGGCUGUUUCGACCGUUCAAGACUCCCACGGCCUGCCCGAAGCCUCGGAUAGGCAAGGCAAUGAUCAGAAUGAACCCAAUAGAAAGCCAGGCGUCCGCAAGAGAACCAAAACAGGUUGUCUAACGUGCCGAAAGAGACGCAUAAAAUGUGACGAGGGUCGACCCACGUGUGCCAAUUGCAUCAAAUCUAAACGAGUCUGUGAAGGAUAUAACCCUAGAGUGGUUUUCAAGGAACCCUUGAGCGCUUCUCAAGGUCCGUUCCAAUCCUCAGGCUAUGGCGGAAACCAUGCGCCUGACAUGGGAAAUAUGCAUGUUCAGCUCACUCGACCUGGCAUUCGACCCUCGUUGACCCCCAUCGCCCCUCGGCCACCUGUUCACCCUGGCCACUCGGCUCAGAAUGAUACGAAUAUCGGCCGCUCGGAGGAUGUCUUCUUCACGCAAUCAGGCAUGCCGGCAUCUCAGCCCCAAUAUUUCGACUUUAACGCCUUCAAUAAUGCUGAGUUGUACGAGCUACCACCCAUGUUCCGAAAUCCUCUCACGGCGUCCGACAAUGAGCAGAGCAUACCACCCAUGGCCAGUCAUACGAGGCCAAUUCGGACAAACUGGCAAGAACCUUUUGGUGGGCUCGCUCAGCCACUAACAACGGGGCAUCAACACAUUUUGCCUUAUGAUGAGGAGGAUGAGGAUGCCAUGUCGAUAUCCGAUGACGGACUACCCGAGCCUUCAAACUCGCGUGGUCUACAAUCUUUGUCUAGAGCAUGGAAUGGCCCACGGGUAGAGGCUAGGAAGUUCGACUUCUUUGCUCACAGCGGAGCUCUGUUCUCUUACAUGGAUUCGCCAGCGAACUCAGAGCUGCGCAAUCGCGGUGAAAUAACUGUUUUUGCUUAUUUUCUGAACGUCACCAGCCCAACCAUUUCCAUGUAUGAGCGCCAUCCCUGUGACCCAGUAGAGAAGCAAGACUUCCAUUCAAAGGGACACAAUCUUUGGAGCUAUACGCUACCGGUUAUUGCAUUUCAUCACCCUGGCCUGCUACACGCCAUGCUUGCCAUGGCGAGCUUCCAACUCGCAAAGAUACAGGGACAGACCCACGUCGCCGCCAUACGACACUACUCGAGAGCCAUCAGACGUGUCGCAAGGAAUGUUAACUCCCCCUCCCGCAGAACGCAUCUAGCUACAAUUGCCGCGACAUUGCUGUUGGGAUAUUUUGAAGUUUGGAUGGCUGAUCAUAAAAACUGGUGCAAGCAUCUCAAUGGGGCCAGUAUCCUGCUUCGAGAGGUCCCAUUGCGAGAACAAGCGCGUCGCUGUUUACCAAAGCGUCGACUGCUGGAGCAACAACGCUCGCUGAAUGAUCCGACCUUUGUACCAAAAGAACAGGAGAAUUUGGACUUCGAACUUUUACGAACUAUUUCUGGCUCUCCGAUAUACGCCGACGACUACGGCCUUGAGGAAGACGGGCCAGAUAUGGAGCACUUGCUCGACGUAACAGGGCAAGACAUCGAAAAGUUCGAAAAUCUCUCGGACCUGUACUGGUGGUUUUGCAAAAUGGAUGUUUACCAAAGUGUACUCGGCGGCACCAAGCUCUUCAUGGACUAUAAAGAAUGGUCGCAAAUUCCUCCCAGGGCACCUAUGGCAAGAUUUGGGCAGAUCUUUGGAACAUACGACCAUUUGAUUUUACUACUUGGUCGCGUCGCGAACUUUGCUGCCAAAGAUUUGGCAAGAAAGCGCAAGGUGUUUAAGGCCCCGCCCGGGCCCCCUUCCGGGAACACACCACCGCCAUUCCCGGGCAUUAUUCCGGUCCAGGGAGCUUUUCAGACACCAAUGGGCUUUAGUCCACCGCGCCAAGUCUCACCCCAGAGCGAACAAUCGGACGAAAUAGAUCUUCGUGCCAGACUUGACGCAGCUCUUGAAGAGUGGGGAAGCAUUAAGCAGGCUUUUGAUGCUCUCAAGGACAGCUUUGGCCCAGACUUUCGGCCGCUAAGCCCCGAAUAUGCAGAUAGGAGAGAGUCUCCGUUCGGACUUGCUGUACAAUAUCGCACAUAUUCAAUCGCGGGUGUGUGGAUGAACUACUACAUGGGCCUGAUUCAUCUCCACAGGGCACACCCGCAUAUGCCACCAGCAGCUAUGCAGGCAGCAGGAAUGGCUGCCAAAGAUACGGCAGUAUACGCGAACCAAAUCGGGCGUAUCGCCUCUGGACUCUGGGCGGACAAUCCUAGAUCGACUCCAGAUCCUUUGCUCGUGGCGGCACUGAUUGAGUGCUCCUUUUGUCUAUUCGUAGCUGGCGUACAGUUCCAAGUGGACAAUCAACGACACUGGCUGAUUCAAAGAAUGUCAGAUGUUGCUCAGUACACAGGCUGGCAAUCGGCGAAGCAGAUCGCUACCGGAUGCGAGGCUGUAUGGAAGAAGGCAGCUCAAAUGGGACGAGGCCCACCGUACGAUAGCAUAACUCGAACGGUCGAAGAGCAUGCGCAGUCAAUAUGGCGAACUGCCAGACGCUUGGACGAGGUCUUCGAAAAAGAGGGCGACAAGCGCAUUGUGCUGGCAAGGGCCGACAGGGCCCAAUUGGCACUUGGGCUGCUGGCUGCAGAGGAAGACUUGGCUCGCCUCGAGUUACGUGAUGACCGCACGUAG